AGUUAUACGCUAGAAAAAUCAACUAACGUGGAUUUCACUUCAUGAUAUGAAUGGAAAUUAGCCACUUAGCCAUAUUUUUUUUUCCAAGCUAGAAUACAAAGACAUCACUCAGCUCUGACUUCUUAUAAGUCGAGUUGUAUGGGUGACAUAAUAGCUCCAGUUGAAACCCACAUAUCUCUAUUUAUAUCACCAACCUUCUCCCUCACUUUUUUUUAAACCAAAAUAAAUCUUCUUCAAAACUUUUCAUAAAGACCAUGUCUGAAUCCCGUGUGCGUUUGCAUUUUCUCUCGCUAAUCUUGCUCUGUUGUGUCUCCCCUUCAAGCUUAUUCACAUUAAACAUCGAUAAAAGUAGUUAUGUUGCUUGUGGUCCCCAUCAGACUCAAGCUCUCACUGAGUUCAUGGAUGAGUUUGAUAGCAGCCACUGCAACCUCAGUGAUCCCUUUAACGGAGUCAGGUGCGAUAUCUCAACGGGUGCCGUCACGAAGCUACGACUCAAGGCCUGUCUCAGUGGAACUCUAAAGCCCAAUAGUAGCCUCUUCAGGUUAUACCAUCUUCGUUACCUUUUUCUCAGUGGAAACAACUUCAUCUCAUCUUCACUUCCUUCUGAAUUUGGCAAUCUCAGCAGGUUAGAGGUCUUAUCUCUUUACAAUAAUAGCUUCUUCGGCCAAGUUCCUUCCUCGUUUAAUAACCUAAGCCUUCUUUCUGUUUUAGACCUUUCCGAAAAUAAGCUCACCGGUAGUUUCCCACUUGUACAGAAUCUAUUAAAUCUCUCAGUUUUAGAUAUAAGCUACAACAAGUUCAGGUCGUUACUACCUUCUGAAUUUGGAAAUCUCAACAGACUCGAGCUCUUGUCUCUUUCCUCCAAUGACUUUUUCGGGCAAGUUCCUCCUACAAUUAGGAACCUAACCUCGUUAAAAGAGUUGCACCUUGACAAAAACAAGUUCACUGGUAGUUUCCCACCUGUACAAAAUCUUACCAUGCUCUCUCUUCUACAUCUUUAUGAGAAUCACUUCUAUGGAACCAUUCCUUCUUCUCUCUUCACCAUGCCUUCCUUAUCAGAUCUUGAUCUUAGUGGAAACGAUCUCAACGGAUCUAUUAAUUUUCCUAAUUCCUCUACCCCAUCUAUGCUCGAGUACUUAUACCUUGGGCAGAACCAUUUUGAAGGAAAAAUCAUAGAGCCUAUCUCAAAGCUCAUCAACCUCAAGAUUCUUGACCUUUCUUUCAUAAACACAAGUUACCCGAUUGAUAUACGCCUCUUCGCCCCGCUAAAAUCUUUGUCGGUUCUCUAUCUUUCCGGUAAUCCUAUAUCUCCGGCCAGUUUAGAUACAAGUUUAGACAUUCCAACAAACUUGGAGAGUUUGUUGUUACAAAGCUGUGGCAUCAUCGAGUUCCCAAAUAUCUUAAAGAACCUUGAGAAGUUGGAGCUUAUAACAUUGUCACACAACAGAAUCAAAGGGAAAAUCCCCGAGUGGUUAUGGAACCUUCCUCGUCUGACCACAGUUUUUCUAAAAAACAAUUCGCUUAAUGGUUUCGAAGGUCCAGUGGAUGUUUUGGUAAACUCAUCAGUGAAAGAAUUAAAUCUGGAGCAAAACUGUUUCGAAGGAGAAAUUCCUAUUCUACCACUCUCUAUCAGCAUGUUGAGUACACAGUACAACAAAUUCACAGGGAGCAUACCGCUUUCAAUGUGCAAAUGUAGAUCUCUCACGGAUUUAUUGCUAGGUUACAAUAACCUCACAGGUCCAGUUCCUCAAUGCUUGAGUAACUUGACAUUUGUGACUCUACGGAAGAACAACUUGGAAGGAAGUAUUCCUGACGCAUUUUAUAUCAGUUCUUCUCUACGAUCACUUGAUGUUGGACACAAUCUACUCACCGGGAAACUUCCAGGAUCUCUUCAGAAUUGUUCAUCUCUCGAGUUUCUGGCUGUUGACCACAACAGAAUCAAAGACAAGUUUCCUUUUUGGCUCAAGGCUUUACCAAAUCUGCAAGUCCUUAUCCUCAGUUCAAACAAAUUCUAUGGAUCUAUAUCUCUUCCUGGUCAAGGUCCUCUCGGGUUUCCGGAGCUGCGUAUAUUUGAGAUAUCUGAUAAUAAGUUUACUGGAAGCUUGCCACCAACAUACUUUGUCAAUUGGAAAGCAACAUCCCCUACUAUGAAUGAAGAUGGUGGUCUUUAUAUGCUACGCAAAAAAAGUACUAACGGGAACUUGUACUAUAACAAUGUAGAGGCUGUAGAUUUGCAAUACAAAGGUCUAUAUAUGGAACAAGCGUUGGUCCUUAAUUCCUACGCGACCAUUGGUUUUUCUGGGAAUAGAAUUGAAGGACAGAUUCCUGAAUCCAUUGGUCUCUUGAAAGCGCUGAUUGCACUCAACUUCUCAAACAAUGCCUUCACAGGUCAUAUUCCUUUGUCGUUGGCAAAUCUGAGCAAUCUCGAGUCACUAGACCUAUCAAGAAACCAACUCUCAGGGUUUAUUCCUAAUGGGCUUGGGACCCUCUCAUUUUUGGCGUACAUAAAUGUGUCCCACAACCAGCUCAAGGGUGAAAUACCACAAGGAACACAGAUUACGGGACAACCAAAAUCUUCAUUCGAAGGGAAUGCAGGGCUUUGUGGCCAUCCACUCCAGGAAACUUGCUUUGGGACUAAUGCUACACCCACACAACGACCUAAGCAAGAAGACAAAGAAGAAGAAGUAGAAGUGUUGAACUGGAAAGCUGUAGUAAUUGGAUAUGGACCUGGAGUGUUGCUUGGACUGGCAAUAGCGCACGUCAUUGCUUCAUACAAACCGGAGUGGCUUGUCAAGAUAGUUGGUCCCAGUAAGCGCAGAAGCCGUUAAUAUUGUUUCAGUUUGAGUGCAAUCCUUGAAUGUAUGUCUAGUAGUUAAGUGCUCAUGUAUGCAAGCAUUUCCUUAUGUUUGUUGUUUCAUUAUCUGAUGUUUUGUUCUAUUUCUCCUUUUUUUUAAAUAAAGAUUCCGAAGUCUUUUCUA